CUGGAGAUAGCCCUCAUUGAAUAAUGACAUGUUUUUGUAUUUCAGAGAUAGAUUCAAUAGAUUCAAGAAUAAUCAAUCUAUAAUUAUCACAGCUAAUCGGUGGCUUGCAUCAGAUUCCUUUGCUGGGGCUUAUCAAUAGUUUUUCAUGUUCAUCGAGAGAAGAUUCCAAAACAUCCUUGACAAUGGUUUAUUCCUAUUCAGAAGCAGGUUACCAUCAUGCCAUUGCUGGGGCAGCCAACGGAUGCUUAACGAAAUUUAUAUGCCAAACCUUAGAUGUAGUCAAGAUUAGAUUUCAGAUAGAAAGAAUUAGUGGAUUACAAAUGUGUUUUGUCAUGCUUGGAUUCAUCUGGAACUAUUGAAAAUUUCAGGAUAACUCUAAUUAGCGUGAGUUUUAAGACACUAUCUUAUGUGAAAUGGUCUUAGUAUUUCCAUAAAUGAUUUACACUUUAGAUAGUUUUGAUGUACAUAUAAAUAUGUUAGCAGGCAAAAAUUACAUAAAUAUUAUAUGCAAGUGUCAAAACUUUAAAAGUAUAGGUAGAUAUAGAUUCUAGAUUGUAAAGAUAUUAUAAGCUCGUGGCUCUAUUAUGGGAACCAUUAAAACUGACAAUGACACAUAUCUUAUCAAUGCAAAUGUAAAAAUUUAUUUAUUUUUUGUGUAUCAUAACAAAAGUAAGAAUAGAACCAUUUUGAAUUUAUAGGUCAUAAAAACUCUUUAAUACUCAGCAUGAUGAAGCCACCAAGCUCCGUUUUCCAACUGCCUGGAUUUCUACAACGCUGCAGUAAUCUAAACUCUUUUCAUACAAAAUUAAAUACAAAGCUAAAACCUUACACAGAGGGGGAAGAGAAUACUAUCAACAAAGAUCUUGAGGAAAUUAUAGACUUCAAAACAAGAAAUACUAGCAGCUGGGUCAUAGAAACAAAAGUGAACAGUCUGUGUUUAAAAUAUAAUAUUUUAACAAAAGAUGAGCGAGCCAAGUUUCUAUCGUCUCUUGCAACUCGAUAUGCUGUAAACCACGACAAAAUAUGCCAGGCAAACAAUCCAAACCAACUGAUCUCAAGAGAGCGGGCUCUAAAAGAUGCCCUAACACCUCCAUAUAUAAAUUGGAUGGCUGAUCCAUCACCAAGAGGAAUGGCAAACAGUUCUGGUAUCAUGAUUAAUUACAGGCAAGUUAAUAUAAGAAAACAAUUUUAA